CUGGAUCGUGCGCAUAGUUGGCACGCUCCGGGUGCAAUAAGUCACUAGUCGCGAUAGCUGCCGUGAACGACUCUGUGUGAGCGCACUCGCGCACGCGCAUUAGCCAUAGUUUAGUAGGCCGCGACCGUCAAAGAGGGGGGGUUUAGUGCGAUAGAAUGCAUCCAUCACGCGGGCUCAUCACUUCCGGAUGCUAAAAACGGCAUCCCGCUUUAAUCGAAGAUGCCAUUGUGCCAAUGUGGCUUCGCGAUCGCGUGGAACUACGAUAGUCGAACAUCUCAGUGCGGAAGCGAACAACGUGCGCGGACUAAGUGAUCGGAUGUUGCAAGCGACGCGCUCAGAACGAUGGCUAUCGGAUCCCUAUCAGCAGUAUUGCGUUGGAUUGCGUGUGCGAGUGUGACGCUCCAAAUAGCUAGUACCGCCGUCGUACGACAGUACACCUGCGACAGUUACUUCCAAUCCUGGUGCCAGCUGCACAAUGCCACAGUUCAUAUGGACACCGACGUUCAGGCAAGCAUGUUCCCGCGAGUGCGUCAGCUAGGCUUCAUCUACGGUUCGAUCGGCAACUUUUCGCACACCUUCAACAACCAACUGUUCAAAGCCGGGGUUCUGCGUGUGUUUGCCCGUGGAACUCGCGUCACGCAUCUCACCAUGCCCAGCACGAUCGAGCAACUCUAUCUGCGCGACAAUGGUUUGCGAACGAUAGAGAUAGAUCCUCGCACCCGGUACGCACUACGCUACCUAAGGCUCCAGAUGAACAAACUACGCACGAUCGCACGCUUCGAACAUCUCACCCAACUGCUCGAGCUAAAUCUCUGCGACAACCUUAUCGAAGACGUAGCACUCGAUACGUUUGCCACCAUGCCUAACCUGCGCCAGCUGAUACUGUGCGGCAACCAUAUAAAGACGUUCGGACCUUCGACCGGAUUCGUGCAGCUGCCCUCCCUGACCCAUCUCGACCUGGGUGGCAAUUUCCUGCAAAGGCUCCCGCUUGAACGGUGGCAGUUGCCACAGCUGAUUAAUCUAAGCGUGCGCGACAAUCUGCUUACCACGCUCGACAGCAGCCUGCUCGUGCGACGGUUCCCCUUGCUACGGAUUCUGGACGCAUCGGCGAACGCGCUCGAUUGCCACUCGUACCACGAGGCGCUGCAAACGUUCGUCAACCGGUCCGUGGUGCAUCUGAUCGAUCGACGCAUGUGCGGCGUGGACGAUGCGAUCGUACUCGAUACGGAGGUGGUGCGACGGACGCCGAACGUGAUCCAGCCGGAUGACCGAACGGUGGCGACGACCGAGGUACGACAUCUCAAGGAGCGAAUCUUCCUGCAGCAGCGCACCAUACAGCAGCAGCGGAUGGAAAUCGAGCAGCUGCGCGCCAAUCUGACAACGCUGAUGGAGCAGUUCGAUCUGGUCGCUGGACCGGCAAGGGCACUUGAUCCAUUUUAAAACGAUACUCGUUCGCAAUGGGGUUUGUCAGCGCUGCGCGGGACAACGUUACACACAAAGACACUGCCCCGUUGCGUUACAAUUACGUCCGUCCGUCAAAAUACUCUGUUACUGUGCUCGGAACAGCCCAAGGGUGUGGAUGCAAUAUGUCCAAAACAAUACUCUCUCACCUCGCUUAAAACCGCUGACAAUACCCUUCAAAUGUGUACUUUACCAAGGAAAUGAUCUGCUAACCGUUAGAAUCGCGCGUGUAACCCUCAAAAUAACCCUUCGUGCGGCAGUGCAAUUCCGCCGCACAUUCCACGAGAUGGCGCGCAUAAAGCUAGUGCUUUAGCAGCUAGCGAAGAGUGUGAAAAAUGUUACUCCCGUUUUCAUUUUAUGGUCAAUUGUGUGACAUUCCAAUUUCUCAUCAUCCUAGGGUGACUGUCGUCGAUCGUCUUUUUUUUUUUUUUUGGUCUCCCCACUCCGACAUUACUGAAAGGAAAAUGGGAAUGGAAGGGCAACAAGUAAGUUAGCACCGUGUGUCGGAUAGCUUCGGUACUGCCACACGGUUGAUCUUCACGCGAUGUCAUUCGUCGUCCGUCCGGCUUGCAUUCUGCGUUAAUUAAUGGUCUUUAAACGGCAAAGUAACCUCACCGGCUGUUGUUGCAGUGUGUGUCGGAUACUGGCGUUCCGAUCCCACCCUGAGUGUGUUUGUCACAAAAACGGUGUGCUUCAACCGACGUGGGCGUGAUGGAUUCAAACAACGGGAAAGGGUGCCAAGAGACCGAAACAUACACCCUGUUGUCUGUCCACUCUGCUGUAGACGACCACGAAAUUCUCACAAAAAGUAAUCGUUUUAUUGCUUUUUUGUUCGCCGUUUUACUUAACAUUUUAUAAGUUGGGUUGGGCGAGUGUACCUUUCUUUUGUUUGCAAAACAAAGUUAAUUGCAGGCCUAUCGCUUAGAAAUAUUUAAUUAUUCAA